GAGAGAGAGAGAGAGAGAGACUUUAAACUGCUUUUUUGCUGCUUCUUCUUCGUCCUCCUUCUGGAAAAUUAAUUAAUCAAUUAAUUAAUUAAAUUAAUUGUUUAAUUAAAGUAACCGCUGGCGACUGGUACCAUUGGCGAUUCCUAUAUAUUGGUCUUCUUUUCAUGCUUUUGCUGCGGCACCCAAAGAUCUUCACGCUUUCCAGCAUUCCCACCACUUCUUCUUCCUCCUCUGCCUCGUGUACUGCGCUGUCGUUUGACAGCCCUAAUUCGCUUGCUUCCAUGGCCAAGUGCAUACUGGUCACCGGCGGUGCCGGUUACAUCGGCAGCCACACCGUGCUUCAGCUUUUACUCGGCGGCUUCAAAACCGUCGUCGUUGAUAAUCUCGACAACUCCUCCGAAGUCGCCAUUAACCGCGUCAGGGAACUCGCUCGUGAAUUCGGCAAAAACCUCUCCUUCCACAAGAUGGACCUCCGGGACAAAGCGGGACUCGAUAAUCUCUUUUGUUCAACACCAUUUGAUGCUGUCAUACACUUUGCUGGACUCAAAGCAGUUGGUGAAAGUGUUCAGAAACCAUUGCUUUACUAUAACAACAAUUUAAUUGGGACAAUUACUCUGUUGGAAGUCAUGGCUGCCCGUGGAUGCAAAAAGCUUGUGUUCUCAUCUUCAGCAACUGUUUAUGGUUGGCCGAAGGUGGUCCCAUGUACAGAGGACUUCCCACUUGCUGCAGCAAAUCCUUAUGGACGAACGAAGCUUUUCAUUGAAGAAAUUGCUCGAGAUAUUUACAGCUCAGACUCUGACUGGAAAAUCAUAUUGCUGAGAUAUUUCAAUCCAGUCGGUGCACAUCCUAGUGGCCUUAUUGGUGAGGAUCCCCGUGGGAUACCAAACAAUCUCAUGCCGUUUGUGCAGCAAGUUGCUGUAGGCAGGCGUCCAGCCGUGACAGUGUUUGGAACUGACUAUAAUACCAAAGAUGGUACUGGGGUACGUGAUUAUAUUCAUGUAUGUGAUUUGGCAGAUGGUCACAUUGCUGCAUUGAACAAGUUAGAUGAGGAUACUAUGGGUUGUGAGGUGUACAAUUUAGGAACGGGUAAAGGAACAUCAGUCUUGGAGAUGGUUGCAGCAUUUGAAAAGGCAUCUAGAAAGAAACUUCCUGUUCUCACGUCUGGGAGGCGUCCUGGAGAUGCGGAAGUUGUCUAUGCAUCGACAGAAAAGGCGGAGAGAGAGCUGAACUGGAAGGCGAAAUAUUCCAUUGACGACAUGUGCCGGGAUCAGUGGAACUGGGCUAGCAAAAAUCCAUAUGGCUAUGAAACUUCAGACUAGCAAUUGAGAGCUGAUAGUUUCAUAUGCUUUAUAUGUUAGUUUAGUGUUUAUCGACAGUGGAACUAGACUAGCCAAAAAUCCGUAUAGCUUUGGAGAUGCAGACUCUAAGCAACUGAAAGGUGAUAGUUUCAUAUGCUUUACAUUUAGGUUUAGUGGUCGUCAUCUCUCACCCUCGAUGUAAAGGUUUAGUGGCCUUGCAGAGAUUAGGUUCUUUCUCUCAUGAGCUUCGAUCGUAGAUCUUUAAGCUGUAGGUCACAGCGGUGUUACGAUUCAGGCCAGUUAAUGUUAUGUUUUGGUUUUACAGUUUUACUUGAUCAUCACAGUUUUAGUAGUACAGUUCUAACCAAUCGCUGUUACUUAUGCUCCUACAUGUAUUUUGAAUAAUAAAUUCAUGAGAUCGAACCGCUUUUUACCGUUAGUUGCAAUACAUGAAUUCGGAAUUUCC